UUGACUAAAAUAAGUUGCUAAUUAAUUUCUUCAGUAAUCUUUCUACGAUCUUAGGCUUUUUUUAUAAUUUGUUUCGCAUUUGAGGACACUUGGUUGGACGAAGAAAAUUAUUGAGUAAAAUGUAUAAAAGCAACGCCAAAAGGAAGCAUCUCUGAAAUAAAGAUGGUGCGUGUCGAAAUUCAACCAUUCCACGCUUCUCUUCGAACAAUGGCAACAACUUAUUCAAAGCUAAAGGAAUUAAUUACUCUAAGGGUCAGUAUGAGUGAUAUGCACAGCCAAAUACUACAUGCGAUGAAAGGUUUAUACCAAAACGAUAUCAACUCUGCCAGGAGAUACGAGCAAAUAACUACGAUUGGACAGCUUUUAAAGGUUUUGGAACUUAGAGAUGUAUUAUCUGAAGAAAAUAUUUUGCCAUUACAAGUGCUGGCUCAGAGACUUCCAGAUAAUAUGGAGGUAAUGAAUAGCAUCACUUGUUAUGAACCAAAUCCUGGACUGAAACAAAACAUAAAUCAAUAUGGAACCAAUCUAGAACAACAAAAUGGUAGACUAAUGACUUUUAAGUCUUUAGUUGAAGAUUGCGUUUCAUUGACAUGCAACUUAUUGUACAAAAAUGGCAUACACUCGAAAAAGCAAUGUGAUGUCAAAAUAAAAGAAAGAACGGCAUGGAGACUCGCUAACAGUGAAUCAUUUUCAAAACUAAAAGAAAGUGCUAUGGUUGUGACCCUGAGCAAACUCCUGAUGAUCUUGAUCCUGCAGCAAAUAGUGACAUCUAUUGAGGACGUCCAACUUUUUCUCGUUGCAUUAAUCUGUGUCGCUGCAGUCUUCUUCCGAUCAGCCCUGAACUCUCUCAUUGAAGAUCAUCAACAUUAUCAAAUUAUAGAUGGCAAAAUUACUGACGGUGUUAUAUCACUAUAUGGCCAUAAUCUCUCGUUGAUAUACCAUCCAUAUUAUCUUAUGAGAGCUAUACGAAAAAAAUACUUGACAAAAAAGGAUGAUGGCAAGACUCGCAAAUGGAGGGUCGGUAUAGAUGCAUGCAAAACUGUCUCGUUCUUCGAUAAGCUCUUGGAUUCCCGUUGGCUAGGGAUUGGAACAAGGAAGAAAAACUUGACAAGAAUUGUCACGAAAACCUCGCGACAUCGGGCCUUCUCGAGAUAUGGCAUGAGAAAGCAGAAAAUGAAUAAAUUUGUCCAUCAAAAUGGACAACAGACCGAGACAUAUGUGCAUAGAUUCAAAAAAUUGCAGGGAUUAUGGCAAUUUCUGAAGUCAAAUAACUUAAUAAAGUGCAUUGACUAUUUCUACUCGGACCCAAUAGAAAACUUUUUUAGUCAGAUGCACGACGAUAAUUUUCGAAACAAUGAAGCAAAGGCCUUUGACAUAGUUGUGAAAAAACUAAAAAAAUAUGUAUCUAAACGAAUACAACUCUUGUUUAUCCUAUUCAUCAUAAAUAUAGUUUUGUUUGUAACAUUAAUCUUAGUAUUAAUAAUACAUUAAGCUAAGGGAUGGCUAAGGGUACAUUUCGGAUUUUGAUGAUGCAUUAGGUAUAGUAAAUUACCUACCAGUUAAAACAAAAAAAAAGUUUAUUCAUUUUAAGCAUUCGUUUACAUUGUACAAAGUUGGUACCUCUUUUUAAGUAUCAAACACCUGGUUUCUUACAAUAUUAAAUAUAAUAAAAAAUAAUAAAAUUAACGUCUCAAUGAAAUAACAAAUCUAGAACAGUUAUUUUAAACUUAAAUUAAAAAGAGACUGAACUGUCCGUGUGUAUGAGUGUGUGUGUGUGUGUGUGUGUGUGUGUGUGUGUGUGUGUGUGUGUGUGUGUGUGUGUGUGUGUGUGUGUAUGUG